CUACUUUGCGUAAUGCAAUGCCACUGAAAAGUGUCUAACGAAGGCUCCUACAGUGUGAAGACAACUAAUUUUGUUACAACUUUCUCUUUGCCUAGCAUUCAGUUUUGGUCUUUUUUUUGUGCUGUUUUUAUAUUUAGUAUGAUGGCAUCCGCUGGAGUUGACUUAAAUUCAGAAACUGCUGAUAUACAGAUUUCUGUGACCCAGAGUUCUCCAGAUGGGGAUAGCAAGCAGUUGUUGGAACCAAUCAAUCGGCUGGAAGUUCCCCCUCAGCGACAUCGCUCUAGUUCUUUGAAGACAGAAUCACCGGAGGAACAACUACUGUUCAUGAAUAUGAUCUCCCACGGCCAGCGUGGACGUAUAGAUGACCAGCGCUGCACAUUGGAUCCUUGCAGAAGUGCUCCCUGCUCUCCCAAACAUACAGACAAAAACUCAGCUCCAAAUCCAGAAACGUUUUUCAGUCUUCUGGCCGACACUCAGAGUCGACGGCUGGAUGACCAACGAGUGUCUCUUCCAGCAUUACCAGGACUGAGGAAUGAAAACCGCACUUCUGCUGGAGACUCAAGCUACCUGUGCUACAUGCUCUCCAAAGUCCAAGGUUCCAGAAUGGAUGACCAAAGGUGUUCCCUCUCUCAAACUCCAAUCCCAGAGACAGAACGUGCCCCAUUUAAUGAAAAAUCCACUUCUGGUUCAGGCGCCGCACGUUCAGCCUCCUUCAGCCCUGGCACAGAUAUAGGAACAAAAUUAAUUAAAGACCAGAAAUCUCAAAAACAGGUCUUGUGUCCAGAUGAACUUGAUAGUUUUAUGACGUUAAUGAAUCAUUCAGAAAAUCGAAUGGAUGAUCAGCGAUGUGUGUUGAAUGGUCCACGAACCACACCCAAACACCAGCUCAGUCAGAAGACACAACCCCAAGAUUCUGAAAAGCUCCUCAGCUUGCUGGAAAGCCUUCAAGGCAGUCGUAUUGACGACCAACGAAUUUCUCUCCCUUCAUUACCAGGAAUACAAAAUGGAGGUAGCACAUCAACAUUAACUCCCGCAGAGAGGGAUGCAAGCCAAUUGUGCUAUAUGGUUUCAAGAGUCCAGAGUUCAAGGAUGGAUGAACAGAGAUGUUCUGCACCCCAGGUCCUGCAGAGUCUGACCCCGUCUGCUCAGCGCAAAAACAGCCCAUCAGACACAUCUGGUAAACCUCCACAGACGUCUGCCUCUUAUAAAAUCGACAAAUGUCGGCAGGAGGCAUCUCUAUCAACUGAACAGAACCAAUUGAUUAAGAUGAUGACACAUGCUCAAAGUGGACGUUUGGAAGAUCAACGCUGCUCUCUGCAGUCCAGCCGAAGUACUCCUGUCACACCAACGCACCAUGGGACGGCUGAUUUACCAACAGAUGAUCAACAUGUUGCACUUGUUGCUCCAGCAGGAAUACACAGAAAAUCUGACACAAAGGAAAACAGAAGCAAUACAAAUACUUAUAGCCCGGCCUCUCCACCACUCAUAACAGUGGAUGAAGGUACUCCAGCCACAUCUAGGAAGUACUAUUCCAGGAGCUGCUCUCAACCACAAAUAACUUAUGAAGAGCCGGGCUCUAUUUUGUCCCUUCCCAAAUCUGCGUCAUUUACUCCAGAAACAGAAUAUCAGAAAGACCCCAAUUCCCCAGCAACGUUAACAGUGAGGGUGUCCAUGAGCGUCACACCGCAGCCAGGACAGAAGCACGAUUAUCAGAUUCCUGAAGUUUUUCUAACUAUCGGUGCUCCAGGAGAAAACGUUGUAAUACCUCUGAGUCCAGUAUUCGGCAGGCCCUUAUCUUUAGAUUUGAAUCUUGUCCCAAAAAAAGAAGGUAAAGGCAGACAUCUCUCUCCAAGAUGUGCAAGUCCCAGAAAAUCCCCUUCACGUCCAUCAUCUCCCUUUCGUGGUCCGAAUACUAAGGCACAGUUUGAGCAGGGGAAAGUUAUGAGCUGCCAAAUCAGUCCAGAUGAGGACUGCUUCUCUCUGAUUGAGAAAGUACACACAGCCCAGCUGCACAAAGGAGAUCAGGGAGGUCAGAAAUGUAAAGCUGAUCCCGGAAAGGGAAAAGCAAUUGGAAAGAAGGAAAAGAAAAAUUCUGGUAAUAGGUAAUCGUAACCUAGAAUUUGAGCUAAAUAUGAAAUGCACUGAAUUUGUUCCCAGAAAUGUUUUUGCUGUUUUGUACUGUCGACUGUCAACAGUUAGAAGCUCCUGGUAGAGUUAAGAUAUAAUUUCAUGUUAGAGUUUGGUAAGUAAAUUAUCUGAAUAGUGUGUAGUGGUUGUUCUUGUUCAUUUUGGAGCUCUGGAGUCAGUUAGACGUCAUUGCUUUUCUUUGUCAAAUUUGAAUGUGACAUAUACAAAUAAAUAUGUAACUGAUUAAUCUGCUAAUAAAUUGAAAAUGUUAAAUAACAU